AUGAAUGAAGGAAUCUCAGUCUGUCGUUCUACGUUCAUUCAACUCGUUAGUCAUUCAACUUUAAUCAAGUAUACUAUCGACUAUAAAAGCCACCGUCGGCCUCUUAUCGCGCGCGAAACCGAACGCAACAUGUCCUGGAACUACUACCCGAAGAACUUCAAGGCCAACGGGUGGGGCUGGCACCGCACCGCAAACGCGACGAGCGCCGUGCGCGGCUUUCUGAGCGGCGAGAGGGGCGGCGGCAGCACCGAGCCGCUGAUCGGAAACGGGAGCCUGUACCCCACUUUACCCGCGGAGGAUGACACGACGUUCCGCGCUGGGGGCCUGUACCCCGCGCUGCCGGCCGAGGAGUACGAGAGCGGCGCCGUGGAGGAAGUGGUCGAGGAGGCCUGCGCGUCGGUUAACGUCAACCUGGUGAGAACUUCUAUUAUGAGUGUAAUCUGGGAUGGUAAACGCUCUAGCUCGGUGACGGCCUAUCCACACGUGUCU